AUGCGUCUGCUGCGCUCUAUUCUCGCCCUGGCCGCCCUGCUGGCGGCCCCCCUCGCUGAGGCGGUCUUGACUGCCAACGUGCUCCGCGACACCAUCCAAGGCAACCAGCUCGCCCGAUUCGACCUCGUCAUGGCGAGGAUAAGGAUUAACCAUCUUCAAUACACGGCAGAUUAUCUCCCAGGUGAAAACACUAUCCGCAUCCACAUCACCAGGUUAGACGGGACGCAGUACAUGCAGGCGUUCAUGGGAAACAGGCUCGCUAGUGCUUAUUUCAACGCGCCGCAGCCGUACGGGGAUAGUCGACGACGGCCGCGGAAGGGGAACGCGAAAAGGUCGUAG